CAGAAGUGAUUCCGUCUACUCUCCGACAUCGUUGCAAGUGAUUGACUUUGAAGAUUUGGGGUCGGUUGGAGAGAAGAUCGGCGAUGGAGGAGAAGGAGACUCGUCCGAUACUUCAGUUCGCACCAUUCAACAGCUCUGUCGACGAGGGUUUCUGGCAUGGCUUGUCCUCUUUGAAACUCGACAAACUCGGCAUCGACGAUUCUCCGAUCCCCAUCACCGGUUUCUAUGCACCGUGUUCACAUCCGCAAGUCUCGAACCAUUUGACCCUUCUUUCAGAAUCAUUGCCAUUGCACGAUGAAUCAUCGGAUGCGGAAACUAAAACUACUCGUGGAAAUCGGAAUAAGUGUCCUGUUCCCGGUGUUCUGUAUAACACCAACACUAUGGAUAGCUUUCAUAAACUUGACAAACAAGGUCUGCUGAAAGCAGAGGCAAAGAAGAUUUGGGAGGAUAUUCGUACCGGGAAAGCUCUAGAGGACUGUGCUGUAUUAUCAAGAUUCCUUGUUAUCUCGUUUGCAGACCUGAAAAAAUGGAACUUCCAUUAUUGGUUUGCAUUCCCUUCUCUAGUGCUCGAUCCUCCUGCAAGGUUGAUCGACUUAAAGCCAGCUUCCGAGUGGUUUAGUUCAGAAGAGGUAGUGUCGGUAUCUGCUGCAUGCAAUGAAUGGCGUGACUCGAAUUUGACAACCGAUAUCCCGUUCUUUUUGCUUACCAUUUCUUCCGAUUCAAAAGCUACUAUAAGGCAUCUGAAGGAUUGGGAAGCCUGCCAAGAUGAUAAUCACAAGGUUUGUCAAUCAGAAUUACUUUUUGGAUUUUACGAUCCGUGUCACCUUCCUAGCAAUCCCGGCUGGCCACUUCGAAACUACCUUGCUCUUAUCUGCUCAAGAUGGAACCUCGAGACAGUUCAGUUUUUCUGCUACAGAGAGAGUCGUGGUUUUGCUGACAUGGCUUUGUCCCUUGUCGGAGAAGCCUCAAUUACACUUCCACCAGAGAAGGAAGAUCCUCAACUUGUACCCAAGUCAGUGGGAUGGGAACUUAACAAAGGUAGAAGAUUACCUCGGUCCAUUAGUCUUGCUAAUUCCAUGGAUCCGAUGAGGUUGGCUGUGUCUGCUGUUGAUUUAAACUUGAAACUAAUGAGAUGGCGAGCCCUUCCAUCUCUGAAUUUGAACGUUUUCUCCUCUGUGAAGUGUCUUCUUCUUGGAGCUGGUACAUUGGGAUGCCAAGUUGCUCGUACCCUUAUGGGAUGGGGUGUCCGGAAAAUUACUCUGGUUGACUAUGGAAAGGUAGCUAUGUCUAACCCGGUGAGGCAAUCCCUCUAUACAUUCGAAGACUGUGAAGGCGGCGGAAAAUUUAAAGCCUUAGCAGCUGCCGAAAGCCUUAAACGGGUUUUUCCAGCAAUGGAAACUACAGGGGUCGUUAUGGCUAUACGGAUGCCCGGGCAUCCGAUUUCUAAACAAGAAGAAGAUAGUGUGCUUAAGGAUUUCUUACGCCUCGUUGAUCUGAUUGAAUCCCAUGAUGUGGUUUUCCUGUUGACUGAUACAAGAGAAAGCAGGUGGCUGCCUUCUCUUCUUUGCGCUAAUGCCAACAAGAUCACUAUAAAUGCAGCUCUAGGGUUUGACAGCUUCAUGGUAAUGCGUCAUGGUCCUGGUCCCCUCUGGUCGAAUUCCGAAGCAGAAAGUUCCAUAUCCAGUGAUAUGCGAAAUCUUGACAUUACCAAGACAGACAAACACAGGCUUGGAUGUUACUUCUGUAAUGACGUGGUUGCACCCCAAGAUUCAACUACUGAUCGAACCCUAGACCAACAAUGCACUGUUACUCGCCCGGGUCUCGCCCCCAUUGCUGGAGCUCUCGCUGUUGAACUCUUAGCCGGCGUCCUGCAACACCCUCUCGGGAUCUAUGCCGAGGGGGAGACCAGCUCGAGCAAUGGAGGAAACAGUGAUGAUCCUUCACUAGGGAUCUUACCCCAUCAGGUCCGAGGUUCUAUCUCUCUGUUCUCUCAGAUCACACUGGUCGGGCAUGCAUCCAACAGCUGCACCGCUUGCUCUGAAAUCGUGAUAACUGAGUAUAGAAGAAAAGGAAAAAGUUUCAUACUUGAAGCGAUCAACCAUCCCACGUACCUGGAGGAUCUUACUGGUUUAACUCAGCUUAAGACAGAUGCUAAUUCCUUUAACCUUGACUGGGACAACGAAGAUGACGAUGAUGUUGCAGAAGAUUUCUAAAAGUUGUUUAUCUGAUAAUGUCUUCUGUUUCAUGAAAAGUUUUAUAUUUUCUUAUUGCAUUUCACUUUAUGAGAAAAAUUAAUUCGUCUGUAUUAUUACACCUUUAUUUUAUUUUAUUUUUUGGUGAAUUA